AUGCCAGGUACAAUGGAGGCAAUAUAUAUGAUUUUGAUUGCUGGUGAACUGACUAGAAAUUUAGGAAAUGCAUUUUUUGUACUGGUUAACUAUUGGCUCAGAAGGAAAGAUAGCUCUUUGACUGACGUCAUCCUGGUCAGCGUAGCCAUCUCCAGAAUCUUGUUGUGUGUAAUAUUUUUAGGCUUCAUUAUGCAGCUCUCUCCAGAUACAUAUGCCCAUGGUGAGCUAAUGAACACUUUGGGUGUUUUAUGUGUUCAUUCAUAUCAUUCAAAUGUGUGGUUUACCUCUUACCUCAACAUCUUCUAUUUACUCAGGAUAGUAGAUAUAUACCACUCGUUUUUCCUCUGGCUGAAGCUGAAGAACAAAGUCAUCCUUGGGAUUCUUCUGAUUACCUUUCUUAUCUCUUUAAUUAUUAGUGCUUCAUUGACUGAGGACACCUGCUAUCACUUCAAGGUCAAUUAUGAAGAAAAUAUAACUUAGGAAUUCAAAGUGAGUAAAAUCCCCAAUCCUUUCAAAGAGAUUGCCCUGAAUCUGGGGGUUAUAGUUCUCUUUAUUCUUAGCCUGAUCUCAUUUCUCUUGUUACUUUGCUCCCUUUUAAGACACAGGCAGAUGAAACUUCAUGCCUCAGUGUGUAGGGACUCCAGAACAGAGGCCCACAUGUGGACUCUAAAAGGCAGUGAUCAUCUUUCUGCUGCUCUUUAUUAUGUACCAUACGUUCUUGUCAUAACCUAUAGCUUUCUGAUUCCUCAGAGAAAAUUUGUGGUGAUGUUUGGUUGCAUAAUUACUGUCAUUUUUCCAUGAAGACAUUCAUUCAUCCUGGUAAUGGGGAACAGUAAGCUGAGAGAGGCUUUUCUGAAGGUGCUGAUUGCGAAAGAUUUUCACAGAAGAAGGCAAUCUUUUGUUCCUUUGAGAAUCCUGAGUACAAGCAGUAAAAUGUCAACAAAUACUCUCUCUCCCAAUUAA